GCGAUGAUAAUAUUUCGCGCUGAAUUGUCGAUGCUUUUAGGAUUAUUCCUGUUGUACGAUAUAGGCUACCAGAAACUCUCCGUGCCAAGAUUAUUUAAAAUUGCUGUUCCUGCUGGAAUUUUUUUCCUGUCUCUCACAAUUGGAAUAGAUUCUAUCUUUUGGGGGCGAAUUUUGUGGCCAGAGGGAGAGGUCUUCUACUUUAAUACAGUGCUCAAUAAAAGUAGUCAAUGGGGUACAUUGCCAUUCUUCUGGUACUUCUAUUCAGCCCUACCCAGAGGUCUGGCCUUCUCCAGUCUGCUGGUACCCCUAGGAAUGCUCUGGGAUGCUCGUGUCCGUGCCCUAACAGUUCCUGCAGUGAUCUUCAUCCUCCUCUUCUCCUUCCUCCCCCAUAAGGAACUCCGUUUCAUCAUCUACGUAUUUCCCCUCCUGAACAUUGCCGCAGCCUCAGUCUGCCACAGAAUCUGGGAGAACCGAUUAAAAUCAACAUUCUGGGCAAUUCUCUCUUUUAGCAUCAUCGCACACCUCAUCCUCAACGCCAUUGGCUCAAUGUUCUUCCUCUGCGUUGCAGGAUCAAAUUAUCCUGGUGGAAUGGCCAUCAUGAGACUCCACAGACUCGAAAGAGAUACAAAAACUCCAGUGAAUGUUCACAUUGAUGUCCUGACUGCUCAGACUGGUGUCUCCAGGUUCACUCAGCUGAAUCCCAAAUGGAGUUAUUCGAAAUUGGAGAAUAUAAGUUAUGAUGAUCCAGAGAGUCUUGAUGAUUUUACACAUCUCCUCAUGGAAGCGAAGAGUAAAUAUUCCCCAAAUAUCAAACCUUAUCUGAGGACUCAUGAUAUUCUUGAUGCUGUGGAGGGAUUCUCUCAUAUUGCUCUCAAUUAUAAUGUCAUUCCUCCGGUUAAAAUUAAAACUAAACCCACAAUUUUUAUUAUGAAGAGAAAACCAGAUGUUGCUGGAGGAAGAAAUAAGAUUAAAGAGGUGAGAAGAAUUUCUGAGGAAGUGAGAGAGAUUGAGGAGAAAGUUCAACAGGAUGAAGAACCGGAUUUAGUGAUUAAGAAUAAAUUACAAAUGACAGCACCUGAAAUUUUGAAAAUUGAUGAUAAAUUGAAAAAACGACCGGAUUUCAUUGAUAGUAGGAUAAAUAAAGCAGAAAUGCGAUUGCUGGAAGCGAAAUUUGAGGAACUGGAAAAGGAAAUGAAUGAGAAAAGACGAAUCGAAGUCGAGAAAAUUGUGAAGAUCGAACGAAAAAUUGUUAAAAAAUUGGAAGACACCUCGGAUGAAACUCUAGAAGUUGAAGAGAGAAUAAAAGUCGAAAGAAGAAUUCCAAAAAGACCUGAGAUAGUUCUCGAAAAAAUAGACGCAAAUAAAAAAUCAGAAGAGAUCGACGUGAAACCUUUGACAACAAAAAUUGUGAAAAAAUCGGAAGAAAUUUCGGAUUCAAUUCUAGAAAUUGAAGAGAGAGUGAAAGUGGAGAGAAAAAUUCCAAAAAGGCCCGAUCUAAUUCUAGAAAAAAUAGAAAUAAUCAAAAAAUCUCCAGAGAUCGAAGUAAAACCCUCGAAACUCGAUAGAAAAAUUCAGAAGAAGAUGGAACAAAUUCCACUGGACACUCCUCCAGUACCAAAAGAGGAUAGUGGACUUAAAGUAGCAAUUAGGAAAUUAAUUCUGACGAAGAAAGAAGAAUUAGAGGCGAAACAAGAAUUGAAUCCUCCAGGUGUCGAGGAUUUUCCCAAAAUUGAACCAAAAAUUAAACGAAAACUGGAACCUAUUCCAAAGGCCAUUCCAAUCACGAGGAAAGUCCCCGAAGAGCCUCCAACAGCUCCACAACAAAAGAAAUCGACUGGAAUAAAAAUAUCAACAGUGAAGGACAGCAUAAGGAAUAUAAUAAAUCAAUUCAAAGAAUUUGAGAAGGAUUUAGUCUCUGAGGAUCCCGAGUCCUUGAAAAAAUGGUCAUCAACGGAGUCAACUGGUAAUUCUGACUUCGAAUCGACUGAAGGAGUUGAUAAAAUAGGUGCUGUAUCCCUCGAAGCUAAUUUCCACGAAGUUGACAAGUUGAUUGUUGAAACUGAGGAUCCAGUUGCUCUCCAUGAUGCCAAGAAGAGUCUCAAGGAAAUAAUCGAUCAGUUCAGAAUUCUGAGGGCUGAAUUGUCUAUUGAGAGUGAUGAUAGGUUCGAGGAGAUUGCUGAGAAGUUCAUGGAGAGACCAAUUGCUGAGACACUUAUGUACUUCAGUGAAGCCUUGAAGGAUCUGAUGGACAAGAGAAAGGAGAAAGUGAAAAGGAUUGAGGGGUGGAAAAAAAAUUCGGGGAAUGGAGAGAAAAGGAGGAGAAGGCAGAGAGCAGAGGGUGAGAAUAGUGAUCUGUGAGAGUUGACAGAUUUUUUUUUAAGAAAAAGGCCAGAGGCUUUUUAACGAAAAUCCGGAUUUUUCGAGUUUACACUAGUUGAGUAAAAUCGAAUUCCUUUUUUAUUAUGUCUUUUCAUUUUUUAUUAUGUCGUAUUGAAAAUAUUGAUCUUUGGUCCUGCAGUGGCAGAAUUUCAUUGGACAUCUCUUUAAGAUUUUUCAAGAAAAAAUAUAGAUUGUUUAAUUGAUAAUCUACGUGUGGAAUAAAUUUAUAGAAAAAUUACUGUCUGCCAGGAAAUUCUGUUCGCGUUCCAUUGGGAAUUGUAUUAUAAUUUUUUUCUAAUUUGUCAAACUUCUAGACGGAAGGACUUAAUUUUAUUUUCGUUUUUGGUGUCAUUAUUGGGAUAGUUUGAUAAACAGCAGUAUCAGUCCAAUCGCCUGGGCUUCAUUAAAAAAUCUGAAAAUUGAGAAAAUGUUUAGUUCUUCUUCUUCAAACCUCGUUCUACACUGGACUCUUGCAUUUAGACAGAGGGCUGAUGUUUCAAGUGCUCAAAUGAUUACCUCAUGUUGAGUAAUCGAGUUAUUGGAAUACGUGGGACGUAUCAGAUGUGCCUUAAGGAUUCUUCCUGAAUAAAUUUUAUUACGGACUAUAAAGUGUGUGAUUUAUGAUAUUAGAAGCGAAUGAAAUGUAUGUGGAAAAUAUAUUAUUAUUGUUGUUAAUUGAUGGAAAGAAAUGUUUUUGAAACAUGAAUUUGAUUUAUUUGGCUUAUCCAUGAUUAAUGUUGGGGAAGAAUAUGAAUAAUUUGAAAUUUAAAACUGAUGGACUUCAGAAAAUAAUUUUAUUAAAACGAAAAAUGCGCUGGGUCAUUAAAAAAUAAAUGAAAGAAAUACCUGGAAAAAUGCUUGUCUCUCCUUCAAUUUCUUCAAUUUAGAAUUAUCGUUGAAGGAAUAAAGGGAUCGAGUAGAUAUUAUUCUGUUCCUUCCUCGUAGAAAUGCAUGGGAGAUCCUCAUAAAAUUCGACAUUUUUUCAUUAACUAAAAUCCGGCAGCCGUCAGAGUUUGAGAAAAACUCUUUUCAUUGGCAAAUCAACAAUUUAACAAAAGAACCCCCCAAUACUCGUGUUCUAAAACGAAACUCACGUGAAAACAAAUUUUUAUUGAAAUAACUGAACAGCAAAUAUUUAGAAUAAGAUGUAAU